AUGUCGGAGCUAGCGUUACCGCCCAUGGGAAUACCAUUGGGCCAAACAGCAAAUGCAGCAUUCGAGCAACGACAAAUAAAGCUUACAAAUACCAUGUGUAUUUCAUGCCUACUUACAACAGUCUUACAUAUAGCACCAUUUUGUUGGCGCUAUAUCAGCAGUGGAUAUGAGUGGCGUGUCACGGAGUUCGUGGUGUCCUACGUUACGAUCAGCAGCAAUUUAAACCCGCUGGCGGUCAUCGUCGCGGUCUGCGUGCUACAGGACGAUAUUCGAGAAGCCGCCCUUGCUUCGUUCCCGCAACCUCUGCAGCAGCUGCUGACGAAAUGGAUGCCACGUAAGGGUGCCGUGCCUAGUACUAGUAUUCAGAUGAUUAGUGGAAGUAAGCAUUUCAAACAAAACAAAAUACAAAACACUUUUCGAAUUCAUACUCACUGA